UAGACUCUUUUCUUUGCAGCACGGAAGUUGUAUAACAUCACAGAGAAGCUACACACUUGAUGGUUUUAUAAUAUCAAAUAGUGCCACCAAGACAAACUAAUAACCGUGACUUUAACUUGAACAGCGGGAAGAAACAUGAAUCUCGGUGUGAGAAGAGUGGACGACGCGCUGGUCGCUAAACAUCCGGGUUUAAAGACUUAUGCUGCCUGUCAGUCUGGCGCCUUCAUGAAGGGAACUGGAACAUUUAUACUGGGUGCUGCUGGUUUAAUGGCCGUUCAAAAGGUUAUACAGAAGAAACUUCCUUAUCCUCUUCAGUGGAGCCUGCUCAUUUCAAUAGUGGCCUCCUCAGUCGGCAGUUACGCUGUGACUCGCUGGGAAUCACAGAAAUGCUCAGAUCUCUGGCUGCUGCUGGAAACAGGAAAAAUCCCGGACAGAUCCCCACCAGAGCUGCCUAAACCGGAAGAAUCGAAGGGACCCGUGAAGACAAAAUAUGGCGAUGUAAUAGAUUGAACGUGAUCAUAAAUAAACAUAUUUAUACUGUAUAUAACUGAUAAAGAAAUAUCUUGAGGCUCAGUUGUUCUUGAAUAAGAGAAGAUACUUGUUUUAAUGUAUCUUCAUCAAAAUGCUUGAAGUACUAAAAAGAAAUUCGUUAUUAUACUAUUCCAGACACGUCUUUUAAAUCCCAACACAGGCACAUACUGGAGACUGGCACCAAACACCCAGGGGCGGACUGGGGGAAAAAAGUGGCCCGGGAGUUUCUGUCAGACCGGCCCACUCAAUACACGGCGGUGCGCAUGCGUAUAACUGGGUGCCGCGUUGCGUGUAUGUAUGCAAAUCCAAAUUCUCUACACUUCGGCUGUGUAAGAACCAAUUUAGAGGUGUUUAUUAAUAAGGUGGAGAUCUUUUCUUACUUUGGACUUCCGAAGUCUGUAAAACACAUAUUAAAAGACACUUAAAAAAAAAUCGAAAAAUAGUCACCAUGAGUGUGAAGACCGAUUGCGAGUAGCAGUAUAAAAGCAGUCAGUGCGAAUAGAUAGGUAUAGCUCUUGGAGAAAAUUACGCUUGUGCCGCUGUUUCAACCAUUGUAGGGCUGAUGCGAUGAUGGGCGUGGGCCGGUACAUCAUAGUGAUGGGCCGUUGGAUUUAUAUUUUCGGCCAUCGGCCCACCGGGGAUGUCCCCGGUAUUCCCGAUGGCCAGUCCGCCCCUGCAAACACCUAAUCUAUGGCAUAUAGGCCCCUGUGCACCUUCAGGUCACCCAUUUGUGGGAUUUCCUCAAUAAACCCCAUGAAUGAAGUGUUGGUUUUGAAUUUAAUAACAACAUAAACAUUUUGAUGUGUUUCCUGAAUCAGAGGUGCAGAAUUAUUUGGCUUUUGUUUUAUGAGGAAUCAGAUGUUAAGCUUACGAUCCGGUAUUAUUAUCAUUCGGACAUGUUUGUUUGACAUGCAACAGAAUUAAAGUGGUGCUGCCAAAACCAGAUUUUAGUUGUCGCUGUAAACCUCAUGUGAUCUGCAGAGCUGUGUGUUUCAUGCCCUUUUGGGUAAAUACACCCAGUAAAUGACCAGUUUUCUGUUCUCAAGCACGUUAUAUAAGCUAUUGCUUUGAACGUGAAGUGUUGGAUGUUGAAUGUAAUAAUAUUUUGUUAUAGAUACGCUGCAAAGAUCCAUCCUCUCCCACAGACACAAAGACGCCCACAUGUUCAUGUUUUAGACUAAACAAAGAGGGACAAAUAGGACAAGAUGCUCUGUGGCUAUCAGA